AUGGUUAGAGAAACUUAUUUUUAUGAUAUACUAUCAGUAAACACAUCUGCAACAACAGAAGAAAUCUCCAGAUCAUACAAGAGACUAGCAUUGAAAUGCCACCCCGAUAAGACGAAUCAUGAUCCAGAAUUAACUGAGAAAUUUAAGCAAAUGACACGAGCUUACGAAGUUCUACGAGAUCCAAAACAAAGAGAUGUGUAUGACAAAUACGGAGAAGCUGGCAUAGAUGGCACUGUUCAAGAGUCUACAAGUAAUACGAUGACCUCAAACUCCCGCAGUCAUAGAAGAACACACUCAUUUGCCACUGACAUAUUUUCCCAAGUAUUUAAUGAUAUAAACAAUAUGUUUUCGGCACAUAAUGCGAUGUUUGAAGGUGCACAAAUGUCUGGAAGGUUCUCGGGAUUUCCGAGUAACCAGAACAUGAAGAAGCACGUACAGCCUUUAGGUGAGCCACUAGAGAGCACUUUGAUCCACGGGGAAGACAUAUUCCACACAUGCGAAGUGAAUUUAGCUGAUAUGGUGUAUGGGAAAAUAAUCAAGCUAUCUCUACCAAAAAAUAUGAAGUGUGUGCAAUGUAAUGGGUAUGGUGGAGUGAACCCAAGAACAUGCAAAGUAUGCUCGGGCUCAGGUAAAGUGAUGAUCACAUACUAUAAUCAGUUUUCACGAUUCCAACAAAGUGGUAGUUGUGCUACAUGUCAAGGAACUGGGGUGUUUAUCGGAGACGCAGACAGAUGUGUGUACUGUGACAUGGGGUAUCUAGAGGGCACAAAGAUUCUCAAAGUUGUAGUUCCACCAGGUGCAAGCAGCGGUGAUAGAAUAAUUCUUAAGGGUGAAGCAGACGAAGGGAGAAAUAUAAUACCAGGAGAUGUGGUGAUCCAAUUGAAGCAACGACAACAUCCGUAUCUUGUGCGGAAGUACAACGACUUGUUCAUGGAUCAUGUAAUUGAUUUGAAAACAGCAUUGCUAGGGGGAGAGAUUGUUAUUCCAGACUUUUUGAAACAAGGCCAAUCUUUAAAAAUAUACAUCAAUGUGCACGGUUACAAAUCACUUAAUAAUGAAAAGGUUCACGCAGGAGAAGUUGUCGGUAGUAUAAGAUCGGGAGAGCCGAAGUUAGUGAAGGGAUUGGGUGUGCCCAUCAACAACCGGAUUCGCAACGGUAUCAUUGUGCAAAACCCAUUACAAGGAAACACCGCUAAGCAAUCGAUGUUUGAUUUAAGCAAGUAUCCCCGUGGGAACUUGUUUAUCAACUUCCACGUUAAAUUGCCUCGCAUUGAGAAUUUUCUGGAAAAUGAUUUAAUGCAAUUGAACCACAUUUUCAACAAUAUCCCGACCAGCAAUGAUAUGAAUGAUGACCAUGGAAAUAUUAUAGAAUCGAACUUGGCGAGCUUGCCAGGAACCAAGGGGAAUCCCAUAAAUUUAGAAUCAACACCCGGUAUGUCUGAAAGCCCCUCGAGAGAAAGUAACAGCUCAAUCAAACUAGAUUUCAGCAGCAUUGGUAUCAAUGAUGAGACGAAUACCAAAAUCAGAGAUAACGACCCCCACCCUUAUUUUGAAGAAGCACAGAAUAAAAGAAGACGGUUUGAGAACGACUUGGGUCAUGGAAUAGCUAACCCAAUAUAG